CGCUUUCAGUGUGUGCUUUUAGUUUGGCCGACUAUACGAAGCCGCGUGGACGAUGCUGUUGUCGUCGCCUAUAGAAAUAUGUGCCUUUUCUCAAUGGUUGUCAAAAAAUUGAAAAAUACUAUUCAGAUUCAUCAUUAAGUUAAAAUAGCUCCACUGGAAAACUCUUUAAAAAUAUUUGAAUAAACUACCAGAAAACAAAUUUCAUGCUUCGAAUAUGGCUACUGUGUGCUCAGCUGUUUAUCACCGCUCUGACUUUUAUCCUGAUUCUAGUUGUAUUUUCCAAGAGAAAAUGCAAGACAAUCGCUACAAGCAUGUGGACUUUGUUAGAAACUAUAAUAAUAGGAACCAUUAUCUUGCACUUAGAAGUGGUCGUCCAAUAUUUUGAACCUUCAAUUGUGACAUGUCUGUUGUUACCAUGGUUACGAGAAAUUGGAUUUGUCAUAUGUUAUGGUGCUAUCAAUCUAAAGUUGUACAGGAUCUUGAUGCAAUUUCGCACAAGAAAAGCUCAUUGCUGGACAGUAAGAGACAAGGAUCUGCUUCGAUAUUUGUCUUCAGCAAUUGUAGCCGUCAUUGUUUAUUUAGCCGCAUGGACUGCCGCUAGCCUAAACUUCUUUAGCGAAGGAUUUCACCUAGUUGUCAUAAACGUGACCAACGACGGUUACAAAUUCAAAACGUGUAAACCUCAAUGGUGGAAUUACAUUACAGAGACAGGUGAACUUAUGGUACUUCUAGUAGGCAUACACUAUGGAUUGUCAGCUCGAAAUGCUCAUGUACUUUUUGACGAACGACGGUACUUGUUUUAUGCGAUAGUGUCUGAAACAGUAUUCAGUUCAAUUUAUUAUACAUUCCGCUCACUGUAUCCCACUGCUUUAUUUUUCCCAGACCUGUUAUUCAUGGCUGCGGUUAUUCGGGGUCUAUUGACCAACACAUUUACACUGUUCGUUAUAUUUAUGCCUAAGAUAUGGUUCCAAAAACAAGUAAACGCUGAAAACAAACGUUCCGCUUUAAAUCAGGAACUUUUGGAAACUCUGAAACCUGAUGUAGCUGAAGUGGACUUAACUGAAAUUAGCAUUUCAGAUAUGAACCCAAACGAGAUAAGAGAAGAACUGAGGCGGAUUUACGGACAAAUGGAAAUGUUGAAAAUGAAGUCGAUAUGUCAGAGAAACCCGCAUAUAUCAAAACGAAGAGGUGGUAAAAAAUUGCCACACAGAAGAUUCUCGUUACAAAAAAAAGGAAGUAGAGACAAGUCAUCCAUCAGGAGCCGCCGGAAACUUAAAAAUAGAGAUUCGUUCGAAAACAGUGAAACUAACGAGAUCACUGAGGUGUCUAGAUCACCCGAGGAUUCGGUUGGUAGCAAUGAAGAGGGUCCUGUCAGUGGUAGUGGGGGUUCAGGCCGUUGUGAAUGUUCAACUGCCACGGGCAUUCAUCAAUCAGGCUGCUUAGAACAUUCCGAUAAUCCCGUGUAUCCUGAACCAGUUCCAUCCUGUUCAAAAUCCUACUAUGAAAGUUAAUAAAAAAUUUGAUUCUAUAAAAUACUAUUACAGAGCAAAUACUCGCCAUCAACGUAUAAUUAUUAUGUUUUUUUUAUAUUCGUGACUCUGUUGUAAAUAUUUAUGAUUAAAUAUAUUGUGUAUUUUACAUUUUACCAUAAACCAUGAAUUAAAAGACGUUAUAGACAAAAAAUUAAUUAAUAAGAUCAUAAUUAAUUAUAAAAUUAUUUCUAUAAGAUUAUGUCGUUAUGCUUUUAGAUUAAUUUAUUAGAAUUGAUAGGAUUUUUACUUGUUAUACAUGAAUAGCAAGAGAUUCAUCACCAAAGUUUUUUAAUUUUCGUUUUACUUGUCCUUACACUUAUUAUUAGUACACAUGUUUCAUUACAAAAUGUUAAUAAAACAUUAGUCGUAUGAAUAUUAGAAAUGUUUUUAUUGAAAUUAAAUUGAACCAAAUAUUAAUCUAAGGUAAGCAAAAGUAAUUUAUGUUAUACAACUUAUUUUCUAUAUGGUGUUGAAUUUAAGGUUAAGCUGUUAUAAGUGUCCUAUUUCAAUAAAAUAAAAAUACUUUACUGCAAAAACAAAAUUUGAUAUUUUAAGAUGUUUCUUACAAUUUUCAUUUAAUAAAUUGCUUAAUUAAUAGGUACCUAACUAAUUUUUGCAAGACAAAUAUAAAAUUUUAGCAUACAAUCUCUGAGCGUAGAAGUAAAAUUAGAAGUUAAAUAAUGCAUUUGUAUAGGUUUUUAAAGUAUAGUAACAGACUUCUCAAGUUAAUAAUGCAAGGUUAUAUGAAAAAGAAGAUAAAGUAGCUUACUUGGUAUGUUUCAAACAGAGAACAAGGGGAACAAACGUAAAAAGAAACUACGGAUAUGUAAAUAAAUAGUUGGUUUAUCGAGGAUUUUUAUUUCGUGUUAGUCAUCUGUCACAUUAGACUGUAAAACCUAUUAACGUUUUUACUCUUUUUGUAAUUUUUUAAAUGAAAAAACAAUUUUGAAUAAAAUUUAUUUAUUAAAAAUUAUUUCAUUAAAUAAAUUCUCUUAUAAUUUGCAUAAUAACAUUUAAUUUUUAUGGUUUAAAAAUUAUAAAAUUACUGUGUAGGAUUAAAUAAAAAUGUUAUACGAAUAAAGAGUUACCAAAAUAAAUAUUUUAUCUCUUGAUUAUAGUUUUUUUUUUUUAUCAAAGAAAUUAUUUAUUUCUUUUUCGUUUUGUACUUAAAACGAAGACAUGAACAGAAAAAAUACUUUUUCAUUGUAUAAAUAUACAGAGUGUUUUUUUUAUCAUAACCCACUAUAUACAAUAUUUACAUAUUAAAUAUAAUUUAAAUAUUUUUUUUUUUGGAUAUUAAUUUUUCUUGAAUUAUUAGCUAGUAUUUUUGAAAUAAUAUACAUGUAUGAUAUACGAGAGGCCACAAAUAGAGAUAGCGAAUUGUUUUUUUAUGAGACGUUAUAAAAAAAACUACGUCAUGACUUCGCUACUCACAGAUACCCAGCAUUUAUUUUGAGUUAUGACUUUAUCAACAGAUAUGCUUAAAAUGUGGUUUAAGGCACAUAGUUGUAUUGAUAGUCAUAACUGUCAAUAAACACUAACGAUAUCAUAAAAAACCAAUUAGCUACCUAUAAUUAUAAUUCCUCAUAUAGAAUACAUGUAUAUUAUUUCAACAUUUUGAUAAUAUAAAGUUUUAUAUCUAAUAAUCGAAUACAGUUUUGUUAAAAAUUCAAAUGACAUUUACUAUUAAAAUAAAACCUCAAAUAUUUCAUUUAAUUCAAAUUGUAUUCACAUUUAAAAAAAUAAUGUUGACAACAAUACAAUGCACAAGAGAAAGAUUUAAAAAAUAUUGCGUAGCUAAUCAUUCAAGAAUAAUAACUAAAUAAAGGUAUCAAAAAAAAAAAAAAAAUGUUUCAAUGAUUUUUAUCCUGUGAGUAAUUGAGUGAGUUAUGAUAAAAAAAUCACCCUGUAUAGGUAUAUAUUAUGUAUAGUUUUUGUUUUACCGUCAGUUACUUUGCUAAACAAGUGAUUUAUCCGACUUUACUUGAUCUCCUAAAUAAUAUUAUUUAUAGUAUUAUAUUUUAGGUCAGGACCAUAAAACAUUAUUAUGUUGUGUAAUAUUAUAUUACAGUCUGUACAGUUGGAGUAUUGAUUUUGAGAAAAAAUACAUUUUUCCUCAAUUCUUAAACUGUCAUACUGUAAAUGGCCACAAUAAUAUCUAAGACAGUUGCCAAAUACUAUCUCUUUGUUAUUAUAUACAAUUUUUUAAACCAAUUUCCCUAAGCUUGACAUAUAUAAUAUAACACUAUUAAUUAUUAUUAUUACGAAUACAGAGUAAAAUUAUUUAAGAAGAAAUAUAUGAUUUAUUUGUAAAUUUUUAUGUUCACUAAUGUGUUAAGACAAAAUUUACUCACCUAAACGAUUAUGUUAUAUAAUAUUAUAAUUAUGUAAAAUUGAAUUAUUUUUUGCCGAAUUCGAUGUGUAUAUUUGAACAUGUUAUUUGAUUAAUGUUUUUUUAAGUGUUAAUAAACAAUUCUUUUUUUUCAAUGCUUA